AUGAGAGCGUCCAUCUCGUCGCUGCAAAGAAUCCAUCAAUUGUGCUCAAGAAGGGCAAUUGCUUCCCUCGUCCGACCUGUUCAACUGCCAAUUGAACGGUCGUGGCUCGCUCACCGCCAUGGCGUCACACCACACAAACGGAGGCUCCUGAACCUUCCUCAGAGCCGCUCUUCUCAUUUCACCAUUUCGGAUCCAGAUGAGCCCACUAUAUAUGCCCUUUCAACAGCUUCCGGAAAAGCCGCGAUAGCUGUCAUUCGCAUCUCGGGUCCAGCAUGCAGACAGAUCUACGAAUGCUUGUGUCCUUCAAACCCCUUUCCGAACCCUCGGCAUGCCACGCUUCGCAAGCUCUAUGCGCCGCAUCUUCCUCCUUCUCCGGCAACGUUGCUCGACUCGGGCGCCCUUGUGCUCUACUUCCCAGCCCCGAACACUGUAACAGGGGAGGAUGUGCUUGAACUCCAUGUGCACGGCGGGCCAGCCAUUGUCCGUGCCGUGUUGACUGCUAUACCCCAAUGCGCAUCAUCUCCUAGCCUUGGUGCUUUGGGUGCAACUCACCCCAUCAGAUAUGCAGAGCCCGGCGAGUUCACCAGGCGCGCCUUCGCCAACAAUCGCAUGAAUCUUCCGCAAAUCGAGUCGCUAGGCGAGACUCUUUCCGCUACCACGGAGCAACAGCGCAUGCUUUCGGUGCGCGGCACGACCUCCUCGUUAGCCGCGCGGUAUGAGCGCUGGCGCAUGCUAUUACUCCAAGCACGAGGGGAGCUGGAGGCGCUGAUUGACUUCUCCGAGGACCAGCACUUCGAUGAGUCACCGGCGGCCCUUUGCGCAUCUGUGGCGGAUCAGGUGCGAGAAUUGACCAUUCAAAUGGAAGCGCACAUAGCAAACGCGGUCCGAGGCGAGCUCUUGCGAAGCGGCAUUAGCGUUGCGCUCCUUGGGGCGCCUAACGCAGGGAAGAGCAGCCUGCUCAACCGCAUCGUAGGCCGAGAUGCCGCAAUUGUCUCUCACGAAGCUGGCACAACCAGAGACGUCGUCGAGGUCGGCAUCGAUUUGGGUGGAUGGUUGGUCAAGAUUGGAGACAUGGCUGGCCUGCGGAAGGCUGGCGUUGUCGGCGCCGAUGUCGUUGGCGCUAUCGAGCAAGAGGGCAUCAAGCGCGCUAAGCAACGCGCGCUGGAGUCGAACGUCCUAAUCGUCGUUCAAGACGCCACAGCCGAGAUGGAUCCCGAGGUCACGGAAACAGCACAGGAGUGUGUUGAAAUGGGCAUCAAUGUCGUUGUUGCUAUCAAUAAGACUGACCAACUACCGGAACCACUACAAUCCACCGAGAACUGGAAAGAAAAGUUACAGUCUGGCCUCGAUAUUCCUUCCGACCGCAUAUUCUUCGUCUCUUGCAGAGAAGCUGCUGUUCUCCCCGAAGUGCAACCUAGGGACCCCGGCAAUAUCCAAUCAUUCCUCCAAGGUCUGCUCCAAACUUUCAACGACAUGACCGCGGCCUUGGUACCCGACUCAGAACCCGACCCGUGCAUUUGGCAAGAGUCACUUGGUGCAACUGAGCGCCAGCGCGUCCUGCUUUCCGAAUGCCUUUCUCAUCUUGAAGCAUUCCUGAGAGCCGUUCACGGCCGUCCUCCCGCCGAAGUAAAUUUAGAUGGCGCAGCCCCCACAAGUGGCCCACUUGGCCUAGGAUUUGACCAGCCUGACCUAACGGAUGAAGUGGACAUCGUUGUGGCCGCUGAGUCGCUCCGCCUCGCUGCGGAUGCGCUAGCCAGGAUUACUGGGCGUGGAGAAAGUGGCGAUGUGGAAGAAGUCUUGGGCGUUGUGUUCGAAAAGUAA